UUGGCAUCGUACCGCGUACGAAGUGAGAGUCUCUGUUGAACACAGUUUUAAAUAAAUAAGAAAACAGUUGCAAAUAAACAUUGAAUCAUGGCGACAGAAGUUGAAGAAACUAUCAAACGAAUCCAAGCCCAUAAGGGUGUUAUGGGUGUCGUCAUCGUAAACCACGAAGGAAUUCCAAUCAAGAGUUCUUUAGAUAAUGCCACAUCUGUGUUGUACGCUGGUUUAAUUGGUCAACUUACUGAAAAAGCAAGGAAUGUCGUCCGUGAGAUGGAUUCCACUAAUGAGUUGACGUUUCUCAGAGUAAGAAGCCGAAGGCAUGAGAUACUCAUCGCUCCAGAUCGGGAGUUCAUUCUCAUUGUAAUACAGAAUACAUCAGACUAGUCUACAUUUAUUUACUAGGAUAUAAGCAAAAGUUUUAGUUUAUAUAUAAUUUAUGACGAAGAAGCAUUAUAAUCAGUU